AGCAACUCGUGGACACGAUGUCGUGUGUGCCAAUACUGACGAUCCUCGGAUCGACGUGCUCCGGAAAGUCGCGGCUUGGUAUCGAGCUCGCACGUAAGUUCGCCGGCGAGAUCAUCUCCGCGGACAGUAUGCAGGUCUACAAGGGCCUCGACAUCAUCACGGCGAAGGUGUCGAAGGAGGAGCAGGCUAUGGCCAAACACCACAUGAUUGAUAUAAUCGAUCCCCUCUAUGAAUUCAAGGUCUCCGAAUUCAAGAACAGAGCCGUGCCUAUCAUCGACAAUCUUAUAGAAAAUGGAAAAUCGCCGAUAAUCGUUGGUGGUACCAAUUAUUAUAUUGAGUCACUCAUAUGGAAAAUACUUAUUGAUGAUCCAAAUAUAUCAAAUAACGAGUCUGAUAAGGAUGAAGGUUCCAGUCUUCCGAAAAUUCGACGUAUAGAGAAGGAUAAUCUUAAGGAUUUGUACAAAAAAUUGAUACAAGUCGAUCCUGAAAUGGCCGACAGACUUCACCCAAAUGAUAAACGAAAAAUCAUCAGGUCGCUGGAGAUAUUCGAGCGGCAUGGAAUACCACAGUCGGAGAUCCUGAAGGAGCAGAGACGCGCUGGAGGAUCUGGACUAGGAGGUCCUUUGCGAUACAAAAAUAAUAUAAUCUUUUGGCUCAGUUGUGAUAAGAAUAGAAAUGCGUUGAAGCUGAGGAAGAAAAUAUUCUGCGUCAGACAGUGCAAUUACACGUUUUGA